AUGCUGAUGCAGGGCUCCUUUGUUGCUCUACAACACCUCGUCUCCCUGAGGGAGCCGUUUUUGGCUCCCCUCACAAUCAUUCUCAACAAGAGCACUGACCUGCCAGACAUCUUCUCAGACAACACUACUGAUGACUCCAUAGACAGUGAAUCUGAGCCAGACAGUGGUGAUGACCCAAAUGAUGAUUCUGAUGAUGACUUGAUCCUGGAUGAUGAGGAGGGACAGGAGCUUCCCGCAGAGUACUACCUCCAAGAGGCUGAAUGUCUCAAUGUCUCGCAGCUCCAUCAGAAACGCUACAGUCCACGGACCCAGGAUAAGUUGGACAAGACACAGAAAUACUGGGAUCAAUUCUGCUACAAUGGAAAUUAUGACCCCAUCAAACAUUUUCACUGGUUUUCUGACUUGGAGGAGAUGGUCUGUUUCCUCAAGGCCCUCUUCUCCUGGUGA